AUUGGUCGAAUUACAUACAUAGAGCUUGUUAGUACACCAGUAAUUACUUUAACCAUAUUUCACACCCCAGAGUCGCCACAGUACGGACAUGAUAAUAAACGUGCUGUUUGUGCUGCUGACCACGCUCAACACGCUCAGCAAGCAACUCGCCUUCAACCUGCGCAGUCGAAGGAUCGACCGCCUGAUCCGGGUCAUCGAUGGCCCUCUGUUCGCCUGUUCGAAGCCCAACCACGACCAGUCGAUGUCUCACAACGCAACUGAAAUGUCUAGUCUCCUGACACUGUACCAUGGAGCUAUCUUCACAUGUGGGACGCUAUGGGCAGUGUUUCCGCUCGUCAACAGAGCUUUGGGGGUCGACGUGGCUUUCACUGCUUAUUUCCCGUUUGACACGUCAAUGCCGCCUAGAUUCGAGCUAGCCAUAGCAUACUUGACUGUGCUGAUAACAUUCCAGGCGUAUGGCCACGUCACAAUGGACUGCACUAUAGUAUCUUUCUACGCUCAAGGCAAAACACAACUCCAAAUAUUUAGAUACAACCUCGAACAUCUAGUAGAUGCUCACGAUGAAAGCGUAAAAAUAGACGGGAAUUUAAACUGUAAUAACAAUGAUCUGGUCGGUUAUAAAGAUAUGGGAUACGAAGCGCGCGAGAGACUCAAGAAAAGAUUCGUGAGGUGUUUGCUACACUUUCGACAGAUUGUUUGGUUUAUCAACGAAGUGGAAUUAAUAUUCUUCGAGGCGAUGGUUUUGCAGUUUCUGGUAUCUGCAUGGGUUAUUUGUAUGACACUGUACAAAAUUGUCAGCCUGAGUAUUCUGUCGGCGGAGUUUGUGUCGAUGGCAGUGUAUCUCGGAUGUAUACUGGCACAGCUUCUAAGCUACUGUUAUUACGGAACUCAGUUAAAAGUGGAGAGUGAGAUGGUGAACCAGUCCAUCUACUGCUGCGACUGGCUGCAGCUAUCCCCGGGGUUCAGGAGGCUACUACUGGUGCUGAUGGAGCGGUGCCGCCGCGCCAUCGUGCCCCGGAUCGCCUUCGUUAUACCGCUGUCUUUGGAGACUUAUAUUGCUGUGCUUCGGCUGUCAUAUACGUUGUUUACCGUAUUGGACAGGAAAUAAGUCAGAAGCUUUAAUUGGGACAUACACGAUGCACGUGGAAACUGUCUAAUACAAAGUAGAAUUUAUGAAGCACACACAGUCUGAGGUAAACAUAUUUGAUUAAAUUAAUGUAGUACUUAAUCAUAAAGUAUCUAUGUAUCACUACGUAUAAACUUAACCGAAGAGUACCUACUUAGAUCGUUGUGUCAAGUUUAGUUUUACGUUAAGAAUUUAAGUUACUUUAAAUAAUAAAG